GUCUGGAGCUGCGGCGGGCGAGCCUGCGCGGCUAGCGGAGCCGCGGGGCCGGGAACAGGUGAUCGCAGCGGGAGACCCGCGCCCUCCCGAGUUGCGGCGCCCGAGCCUGCGCUUCCGGGCUCAGCGGCAGCCUCCCAGCCCCGGGCUGCUAGAGGCCAGCUUCAGGCUUAGCACGCGCUUCCUGGGUAUCCCUCUCCCCGCGCGAGCAUCUAGAGCCCCUGGGUCCCGCGCAGCCUCGGGAGCGGCAGCCGCGCGCGGCGGAGCAAAGUUGUGGACGUGUCCCGAUCGCUGGGCCCCGCGCGGUCGCCACUGGCCGGGCGCGCGCUCUAGGAGCGGCGCUCGCCCUGCAGCCCCGGGGGCUCCCUUUGCAAACUGCUCCAGAGGCUGAAACUUCGGGUGCCGGCGGGUCGGGGCCUGCGUCCUGCGCACCCUCCGCGAGGACGUCGCGGACGGCAUGUGACCGUUCCGGCGCGGGAAGGCGCGGGCUCCCUGGACCAGGCGGAGGGCAGGCUGCGGUGCACGGCGGGCCCGGGCUCCAGCCGAGCAGCCCCCCUCGCCCGGGCCCCGCCGAGGCCGGCGCGUUCCCGCCCCCGCGCGGGAGGAUUCGCUCCAAACUCCCUGAACUUCGGGCGGGUCCCGAAGCGGCAGCCUCGAGGUGCACAGCUCUGCUCGGGGACCCCAGCCACUUCAUCGUUGCUCUCCACCCUCGAGGACUCUGAAGACUCCUGGAGCCCCGGGCGGAGCUGACAGCCCCCUGCUGCUGGCCGUGCCGUGAUGCUGGUGAGGAAAGUGCCGGGCUUCGUCCCGGCCUCGUCGUGGGGGCUGCGGCUGCCGCAGAAGUUCCUUUUUCUGCUCUUCCUCUCGGGCCUCGUUACCCUGUGCUUCGGUGCCCUGUUCCUGCUGCCCCACUCCUCUCGCCUCAAGCGCCUCUUCUCGGCCUCGCGGACGCAGCAGCCCGGCCUGGAGGUGAUGGCCGAAAUCGCCGGCCACCACUCGGUGUCAGAGCAAGAGCCACCUCCCAACCCUGCCCCUGCGGCUCCGGCCCCGGGUGAGGACGAUCCUGGCCGCCUGGUCGGUGUCCUCCGUAGGAAAGGGUGGCUGCGGCGAACCCGCCCCACCGGGCCCCGGGAGGAGGGCAACAGGGUUUCAGCCCUCCGGCCGCAGGAAGAGAGCGUCCGGUUCAGUUUCGACUACAAUAGUUUCCGCAGCCGCCUUCGACACCCGGUCUUGGGGACAAGGACUGAUGAGAGUCAGGAGUCCCAGAGUCUAGUGAGAGCUCAGCGAGAGAAAAUCAAAGAGAUGAUGCGGUUUUCGUGGCAGAGUUACCGCCGUUAUGCGAUGGGGAAGAACGAGCUUCGGCCACUCACAAAGGACGGCUUCGAGGGCAGCAUGUUUGGCGGUCUCAGUGGGGCGACCAUCAUCGAUUCUCUCGACACCCUCUACCUCAUGGAGCUGAAAGAGGAGUUCCAGGAGGCCAAGGCCUGGGUGCAAGACAGCUUCCACCUGAACGUGAGCGGAGAAGCAUCUUUGUUUGAAGUGAACAUCCGGUAUAUCGGAGGACUGCUCUCGGCCUUCUACCUGACGGGAGAAGAGGUGUUCCGAGUGAAGGCCAUCAAGCUGGGUGAGAAACUGCUGCCCGCCUUCAACACACCCACGGGCAUCCCCAAGGGCGUGGUGAACUUCAAAAGCGGUAGCUGGGGCUGGGCCACCGCGGGCAGCAGCAGCAUCCUGGCGGAGUUUGGGUCCCUGCACUUGGAAUUCUUGCAUCUCACUGAACUCUCUGGCAAUCCAGUCUUUGCAGAAAAGGUCAGAAAUAUCCGCAAGGUCCUCAGGGAGAUUGACAAACCCUUCGGCCUCUACCCCAACUUCCUCAGCCCAGUGAGCGGGAACUGGGUACAGCAUCACGUCUCAGUCGGGGGACUUGGGGACAGCUUUUAUGAAUAUUUGAUCAAGUCCUGGUUGAUGUCUGCCAAAACAGAUAUGGAGGCUAAAACCAUGUACUAUGAAGCCUUGGAGGCCAUAGAGACCUAUCUGGUGAAUGUCUCUCCGGGGGGCCUGACCUACAUCGCUGAGUGGCGCGGAGGAAUUCUGGACCACAAGAUGGGACACCUUGCCUGCUUCUCGGGGGGCAUGAUCGCCCUUGGUGCUGAGGAUGCCAGGGAAGAUAAAAGGGCCUACUACCGAGAGCUUGCAGCCCAGAUCACCAGGACCUGCCACGAGUCCUACGCCCGCUCAGACACCAAGCUGGGGCCUGAGGCCUUCUGGUUCAACUCUGGCAGAGAGGCGGUGGCCACACAGCUGAGCGAGAGCUAUUACAUCCUGCGACCUGAGGUGGUGGAGAGCUACAUGUACCUGUGGCGGCAGACACACGACCCCAUCUACAGGGAGUGGGGCUGGGAGGUGGUGAUGGCCCUGGAGAAACACUGCCGGACAGAAGGCGGCUUCUCGGGGAUCCAGGACGUGUAUAGCAGUAACCCCAACCACGACAACAGGCAACAGAGCUUCUUCCUGGCUGAGACACUGAAAUAUCUCUAUCUUCUGUUCUCUGAAGAUGAUGUGCUGUCACUGGAAGACUGGGUGUUCAACACCGAGGCUCAUCCACUGCCCGUCAACCGCUCGGACAGCUCCAGCGUGGCGGGGCACCGCCACUGACCACUGUCUCCACGCCCGUGUCUCAGGGACGCCUCUACUUUCUUGGGAUCCGGGACCGUUCUCAGAGGCACUGGGGACGGAAGGCCCACGGUGGGCAGACCCUGGACGGAUGUGUCGGACAGACGACUUUUUUUCCUCUGUGAGGAGACAGGAGCUGGUGAUGUACCAGCAUGGGGCCCGGGCUGUGGUCCGAGGCGCCUACGUGUUCCUUUCUACGGGGGAAUUUCUGUGCCCCCACACUUGCUGUCACUGGGCCAAAGGACUGGAGGUUUGCAUAUCCAUCUCAUGUAUUUGAUUCCGUUUCCUUUUUGGUUUCAGGAGUUCAGUUUUGCUUGACUUUACUUUUUUUUUUCCUCUCUACCCAUUUGAGUUUUAUGAUGAUCAUAAUUUUCAAAAUCACGGUGUCACCUAACUCAAGGAGACCAUAAGUGUUUGCACACACACACACACACACACACACACACACACACACACACACACUCGACCCAUCUGCUUUCAAUGCCUUUCACCCGUCGUAGACUCUGUCCCACUUUGUGUCACCUACCCCAUCAUUCAAGGAAACGCUUCCCCUUUGCUUUGGUCCCAAAUGUUACAAAUCACUGAUGUUAUUUUCAUUACUGUAAUGGAAAAAAAAUAUAUGUGAAGUAGAAUAAAGGAGUUCAUUGAAUAAGAAGUAAGAUCGGACUCAUUGGCCACCAGUGGCUCCUGGGAAAAAAAUGUCCCUACAGUGUCAUCAGAAGCAGUCACCGGCUGCCUCGCUGUCGAGCUUCUCCGUCUCCCUUCAAUUAGCCCCAGAAAUCCAGAAAAUGUGAAGCCAGCCCUUUGGGUAGAGUUGGGUAGGCAUACUCUGAUGGAGGCUCGGAAGAAGCCCAGGGAGGUGAGUCUGUUUGCCUGAGGUCACACAGCCAGAGGAAAAGGCAGGAGUAAGCCUUGCCUCCAGAAUCUCCUGGCCACCAGGUCCUUUGUUGAUCUGCUGUCAAUCAUCCAUGUGCCCCUCCCUCCACCGGGGUUAGAUGGUCUCUGCCCUGCAGUCAGGGCACUUGGAUCAUACAUGAUGCCCGCCUAUGUCGGUGGGAAGACUACCGACAAGGACACAGGAGGCUGAGACAACAAUAGCCUGUCCCCGGGGUUAGGGACAAUAAGGACUUUUAAGCCAAGAGCCAAAGACAAGUAGUAGCUAUGUACAGACAGGGACAGAAAUAGUGCGAUGAUGUCUUCUAACCCAGACUCCUUGUCAGUCUCUCUGCGCCCAUCUAUGAACCCAGAAGCCAUCCGCAUGGUGUGGAGGCCCAGUCCCUACCCUGAACUAGCAGGCUUUCCUUUCCAACAGAUCCACUUGCAGCCUGGACACAGCUGAGGUCCUGGGUAAUGUUGACUCUCUCCCAGCCCCUUCGGUAGACAGUGCUUGUCAACUGGCCAUCAAGGUAAUUGGGCUCCAGGCCUGGUGACCCACUGUGUGAGCCCAGACCAGUCAGUCACCUCACCUUACUGGGCUCUUUUCUAUCAGCAGAAGUCCCACCUGCUAAGGUUGCUAUGAAAACCAGCAAGAUGCUCCUGAUACCCUGUGGUCCAGCAUCCACUGCCUCCUUGCUCUGGAGGCUCCGAUGGCCCAGCUCUUCCUGAACAGAGAGUUGCGCUUGCACAGUCCCUGUAGCAGGAACCCCGACCCUCAGAGCAUCAGUCACACACUAUGAUCAGGUGUCACAGAACAGAGUCUCCUGCUACCCAUAGCACACAAGUCAAAGGAAAAGGGACACUCACUGCACAAACACUGUAGGACAAUUAAGAAACCAAGCUAAUCGGAAAGGAAAUACGGUCACCAUCCUACUCUCCGGAAUUAAUACGGUUAUAUUUUCUUCUAGACCUUUUUCUAUGAAUAUAUAGAAAAUAUAUUUUGCAAACGUGGUGUCAUCCUAUGCAUACUGUUUUCUUAUAACCCGCUUUUGCACUUAACUAUAUAUUGUCAACAUCUUUCCAUGUCAAAAAAAAAAUACACGUAUGUCAGCACUC